AUGACCUAUUUUCAAUUUCUUACUGUGAUUAAAAUAUCUUCACCGGUGCUGUAUUUCGGUACCAAGUUAAUUGAAGUAUGCACUUUCACCUUUAAGAUAUACCUCAACGGACAGAAACUCUGCCAACAGAAUCAUCUGAUUCCACUUCCUCAAAUUACCCACCUUUCCAUAGACGGUGAUGCUGAUUUUACAGGAGUAGAAUUUAAGGAUCUUCUGAGUGAAAACGAAGGCUCACUAGGUAGCGACUACAAUGAAUUCAACGAACAAGUGGCUGAAGUGACUCCAGGAUUCCUUCGCCUGUCAGAAAAUCGUCGGUCUUCCAACCGCAAGCCGAAACCACCUGUCGUGGUAGCAACACACGGAAGUUUCCGAGCAAGGCCAACUUUGGCAACAACUUUAGAGGAGCCAGAUACAUAUAUGAAUGCUCGAGAAGAUGUAAAUAUCGUGACGAGAACAACUCAUGAAUCUGUACAUGCAUAUGCUGAUCAAAAUGUAUCAGGGGCUAGAACAAGUGGAUCUGCCUCAACUCUCCCCAAAAGAAUGAGCGGCGGUAGCUAUGGUUCAUCAAAAGCAAGUCUUCGUGAUAAACUCCACCUUAAACGAGGCUCUAGAGCAUCUGUACCUAUAUCAGGAAAUGAAUAUGCCAAUCCAGCAAGCGUUGAAGAUGUGUGGGUUGAAGAAGGUGGCCCGGAAUAUAGCGCUGAUGGCCCAGCGGUUUUAGCAGCAUCAGUGCCGAAUCUAAGCAGUCAACCAGAUAAAGGCAAAGACAAGAAGUUACUUGGCCACAGUGGGCAUAGCAAGAAACAUCAUUCAACUUCGUCUCCCCCGGCUGAGGAAAAAAAGAAAGGCCAUGGAGGAUUCCAUUUCGGUAGAGGAAGCAAAAAGGAGAAGGAGCCGAAACCCGAGAAAGAAAAGAAAGAGAAGAAAUCACUAUUUGGAAGGAAGUCAUCCAAACACGGUUCAAAUAAAGACUUAUCUACAGUUGAAAAUGUUGUGGUUAUACCUGAACAGAGUACUGUCAACGAAUAUGCUAAUCCCGAACCUUCUUCAGAGAAACGUACUCUGGCUAAGAUUGCAAGGACUGCAAAGACAUCGCCUCCAUCCCCUCGGAGCUUAUCAAAGAGCUCUUUGAGGGGCAGCCAUGGAAAAGGUUCUUAUGACAUUCAGGAAGCUGAAAGAAAUUACCAAUUUCAAAGUGGAACUUAUCAGAGAGCUUCUGAAGGAGCUGCUUAUGCUAAUGUUGAUGAGGCUGUUGUUGUAGCCUUGGUUACAGAUCAGGAGCAAAAAACGAAGCUCAAGGGAGAUUCCUCUAACAUCGCUUCUGAUCUCUUGUCAAGUAGUGCAAAAUCAAAAGGCACGGUUGAAUUCUUCACCGAAAACGACCCAUAUUUGAGUAUUCCUCUGCAUCUUGAAGAUGCUUCAAUACUGGAAGCCACAACUAAUGAUGCCGUACUCUUAUCUCCUAAAGAAGAGCAUAAGAAGAAGGAAAAACUGAAGGGAUCUUCAGCGGAAAUAGCUAAUGACCUAAUUGGCAAUACCCCUACACUGUCAAAUGGAAUUGAAAACUAUAUUGGAAUUCACGUAGUGGAGCCACUGAUUCUUACUCAAGAUAGUAUUUUAUCUGUUUAUGGAAAGUCAUUUUCUCCAGUCCCUGGGGUUAAGGAAUCAUAUGACCUUGAAAAAGUUCCUGAGUCCCCAACUGACAAAUACAAGCAACUUGAAGAUUCCACUUGGGAGAUAAAGCCAGCUAUUCGUGAAAAUGUGGAAACGUCGAACGUUCAGCAAUCGAAACCUCCGAGAGAUAACGUGGAAGUUGGAGAAGUCUCUGUCAGUGAAACGUCUGGAUUAACAAAGAAAGAGAAAAAGAAUCUUCUCAAAGGCGAUUCGGCCGAAAUCGCUUCAAAUCUUUUCGAUAUAGGAAGUGCUAAAGUUCUAGGAAUUACUUCUCUCGAUGGAUAUCCUGUAUGUGGUACAAAUGGUUACCAUCUGCCUUUAAAGAUCGAUGCCUCAAAUAGAGAUGCGCAGCCGAUUCCUUAUGGAAUUGCCUCACAAAAAUAUACUCAACGUUUGAGCAGCAGAACCAGUGCUGGAGGCGUGGAGCAAGAAAGAGCUGCCACCAUGCCAGCCGGGACUGUUGUUAUGCGAGAAGGUGAAAAGGAGAAACAUCACAAACGUGAUCGUGUGUCUGGAUUUUUCAAGAAAAUGUUUAAGAAGAACAAGAGUGAAGGAUCAGUGAGUGAAGAGGAAUACGGCGUAACAGAGGGGGUUGGAACAGAGGCAGAGAUGAUGGAAUUCAGAACCUCUUCACAGCAGAGUUACGAUUUUGAUGGACAAGAGACUAAUUUCACUGUCACAGCCUCGCCAAGUGAAGUGUGUCUCUAUGCGUCUCAACUCCGUGGCAAUAAGCCCGCACUGAAAAGUAAUACUGACCUCCAUACAAUGUGUGGUUAUGGUCUCUUCCGGGUUCCUCUUACCUUAACUGCUGCACACAUCCCUGCUGAUAUAAGCACGGCUGGAUCUCGUUAUACCUUUGGUGUAUUUCCUUCGGAUAAAUACCGUCGAGAAUCGGUUUCAUCUUAUAGUUCAGAAUCGUCUCAUGGCACAAGACGCCACAUUAAACGUCAUGAGGUUUACCGAUACAACUCCAUGGACUCCAUCUCUACAUGGAGUUCAAUUACUCCAAGAGGCAGUCGUCAUCACUAUCGUCGAUCAGAACGUCACAGACCCCAAUCAGUAUCGUCGUGGAGCUCGAUUUCGCCGAAUGGAACGUACAGACACCGCAGACGAAGUGAAAUUUACGCUAUUAAUGGAACUGAAAAUAUUCAAAAUGUGGAUGCUAGUAGAGUGCAAGCCGCCGCCUAUCCUGACGAAGGCUCGGCUCACUCCUCCCAUUCUUCCAUUCCUAGUCUCUAUGGUCGUGUUGUAAUAAUUGGUCAAAGUCCAGGUUUCCGCGAGCGAAUACAAUCAUAUCGAAAGCGAAAGGAAAUGGCCAAGAAGAAUAGACGGGACAGCGGCUCAAACAGCUCCAUUUCUUCUAUCGCAUCAGACAGGCUCCCGCCAGCUGUUGUUAAAGUGCGAGGUGGGGAAUUCGCCACCUUUGAAGAUGCUGGACCAACAAUUUUUGAACAGAGAUCCCAAAGAAGAGAGGACGUUUACGCCAACAGUAAGUGUUUAUUCAAAUACAAGGUUAUAUUGAAAUCGCCUCUACACGGACUCCAACUUCCAUGA